UCCUUGCAAGGAUUACAAAAAUCGUGAACGCAAGAAUCGUGCACGCAAAAAUCAUGCACGCAAGAAUCGUGCUUAUCGCGCUAAACGUGAAAUGCUCAUUAAAAAUCUUAAGUAUCUUGAUAAGCUAGCUGUUUCGCUUGAGCAGGAAUGUAUUCAACUUUCCUCAGAAAUAUCCUCCCUUAAAAGAGAUAAUCUUAUUAUUCAGUCUCUUCACCCUGUUGAAAUUAAACGAGCUGUUCAAGAAGUACCAUUUGUUGCUUUUUAA